AUGCCUGCCACCUCCGCUGGUGUCGAGCCUCCAGGCUCGGGCCCUCGCCGCUCCGAGCGGGCACGUCGCCGUCGCCUGCCGCCGGACGAGACGCCCCCCAGACCAGCCGCCACCGCUGCUCCUGGCCCCUCUCCCCCGCCUUCUCGGCGCCGGCGCGACGCUUCGCCCUCCCGCCGGUCCGUCCGCGCCAGAGAGAAGGAGGACUUGCAGCCACCGGUGGUGGUCUUGAAUGAUGCUGAGGUGAACCAUCAAAAGGAGGCAGAAGACCGGAAUAAACAGGGGACGGAGAUUGUGCUGGCAGAGGUACCAGAGGAGGUUGAUGAAAAUGCAGAGGCUUUGAAGGAGGCGCCGUUCUGGUUUCCCGAUGGUUGGAUCAUACAUGUUCGCCACGAUGAUGAUGGGUCGACAUACCGGUACUACACUUCCCCAGUGUCAGAAUACACAUUCUCGACGGAUACGGAGGCACUAAAUUAUCUAUUCUCAGAGAUGGACGAGCACAUGUUGGAGUCGCACGCAUGCACUGAGGAUAACGAGCUUCAUAAUAUGAAUGCAUGGCUUCCGGACAGUUGGGUGAUUGAGGUCAGAGCUGGGGGGAAGAUGAUGGACAAAAUGUACAAGUUUUUUGUUCAUCUGCCUACUGGAAUGAGAUUCUUCUCAAAAGAAGACGUACUGCGUUAUGUGAAUGAGGGGGCGAUUUCUGGAUGUGAUGUGAAGGGACUGUGUGACACAACCUCCGAAGAUAAUAUACUUGCACAGGUUGAGUUCAAUCCAGAUGGGCUACCUAAAGGAUGGGUGAAAGAAAUGAUAUUUAGGAAAUGCAAUGAUGGAAUUAAAAAACACCCGUACUAUACUGAUCCUGUCAGUCAUCUUGUAUUCCGCACGCUGAAAUCUGUAAUGAGCUACCUUGAGACAGGAGAAAUAAGCAAACAUGCCUGUGUUCCAAGGAGAAGUGUAACAGACAUAUACUCUUUCGACAGAUGUACGGAUCUGCCUCGAAAAAUGCUGAAAAGAUUGAAAGUACAAGGGAAGAGGAAGGAAAAAUCCAUGAAUUCAUUGGUCUUUGAAAAGAAAUCACCUGAUGACCAGAAAUCAAAUCGCUCUCAAGCUGGCACCUCUGCUAGCAUGAUUCCUGUGUCUGAACCAAAAGAAAAGGAGGCCAAUACCAUGGAAGCUAAAUGCAAGGAACCAAUUAGUUCAGAGACUACCAAGCGACCAAGAGGGAGGCCACGGAAAAUACCGAAGCAAACGAAUGAAACAGAUUCAGGUUGCGCCAAGAGUUCAGAUAAGGAGACAUCACAUAUUGCGGUGAAAAAGGAAUUCGAUACUGGAACUGGAGAACAACUGUCUAAGGAAAAGGCAUUGAGGUAUAAUCAGAUGGACAAUACCGCUAUGGUAACCCUGGAAGUGGACAACCAGAACGGCCUUGUGAGGAGCCCUUCACCGAAGAGUAGGUGCAGGCCAGGUAGGGCGACUGACCUAGAUAUGCAUGAGCAUGAAAAUGGCAAUUCGUCUGAAGCUAGAGCAAAGUCAACAUCCUCUACAGUUCCGAAGGUUUACAUGAGGAGAAAUAGCAACCAGAUACCAGCCUUCAAAAACGAAAAUAGUGCAAUCGAAGAUCACUUUUAAGCAUUCGGACGUACUAUCUCCAUUCCAAAAUAAGUGUCUCGAUGUAUGUAGAUGCAUUUUAAUAAAUAGAGAAAUAAAGUUGGGGCACUCAUUUUAGAAAGGAAGGAAUAUUAGUGACUAGUGAGUUUGGAGCCUACUUUGUGAUAUGAAAGGACUGGUUAAUAAGAUGUUGCAUCUUAAUAAGUAA